UGUAAUGGAUGCUGUGAAUAAGCCCCGAAAUGUUACCUAUAAAGGGCUCACUGACCUAGUGACCGACACAGAUAAAAAUAGUGAAGUUGCUAUCCUUGAAGUCGUGAGGAAGAAUUUUCCAGAUCAUCUAAUUCUCGGGGAGGAAGGAGGAAUUAUUGGGGACUUGUCAUCCGAUUAUCUUUGGUGCAUCGAUCCUUUAGAUGGAACAACAAACUUUGCGCAUGGCUAUCCCAGCUUUGCAGUCUCUGUGGGUGUUCUUUUUAGAGGGAAGCCAGCUGCAGCUGCUGUGGUUGAGUUUGUUGGUGGCCCUAUGUGUUGGAAUACUCGAAUAUUUUCUGCAGCUGCAGGCAAAGGAGCCUUUGCUAAUGGUGAAAAGAUUCAUGUCAGUCGAACUGACAAGGUGGAACAAUCUCUUCUAGUGACUGGAUUUGGAUAUGAGCAUGAUGAUCCAUGGGCAACCAAUAUGGAAUUGUUCAAAGAAUUUACUGAUGUCAGCAGGGGUGUGAGAAGGCUUGGUGCUGCUGCAGUGGAUAUGUGUCAUGUUGCUUUGGGGAUUGCUGAAGCAUAUUGGGAAUAUCGUCUAAAGCCAUGGGACAUGGCUGCAGGAGUUCUGAUAGUUGAAGAGGCUGGAGGGACAGUUUCGUGUAUGGAUGGAGGAAGUUUUUCAGUAUUUGAUAGAUCUGUCUUGGUAUCCAAUGGUUUGCUCCAUGCAAAGCUCCUUGAGAAAAUUGGUCCAGCAACGGAAAAUUUGAAGAGCAAAGGGAUUGAUUUCUCAGUGUGGUUCAAGCCGGAAAAUUACCAUACAGAAGUUUGAUAUGUCCCUGCGUUUUGUUCUUUAGAUGUGCUGCUUGAAAGAUUCUUCUACAAUCAGAUUUUGAUUAGGUCGGUAUUUGCAUUUGUAUUUUCUAUUUUACAUAUCAUUGUAUGGAACUGGUCAAAUAUUCGUCGGUAUCAGGUAAAUAUUAAUAUAACAUGUCUUUUAGGUAAAAGGAUAUUGGCAACGGAAAUAAAUUGUAUUAAAUUCUUACUGGAAA